GCCUGCAGGCGGCUAGAACUCCACCUCCUCAUCAUGGGCUGCCCAGGCUGACCAUCACUCCUUGUGGGCAUCUCCUGCUGUGAUCUGGGGAGACCAUGUUCAAGCCUCCCGACUGCCUGCUGAGGAUGCUCCGGGGCACCCCCAGACAACGGGUCUUCACUCUCUUCAUUAUCAGCUUCAAGUUCACAUUCCUUGUCUCCGUCAUGAUCUACUGGCACACUGUGGGUGCACCCAAGGACCAAGGACGACAGAAUAGCCUACCAGUGGACUUCCCCUGCCCCCAGCUGGCCUUUCGUGGCAUCCUUGCCCCAGGCAACAUCUUCUUCCUAGAGACUUCAGACAGGACCAAACCUAGCUUUCUGUUUAUGUGUUCUGUGGAGUCGGCCGCCAGGGCACACCCAGAGUCCCAGAUAGUAGUGCUCAUGAAAGGGCUGCAUGGGUACAAGUCAGGCCUGCCUCGGAACCUUGGCAUCUCUCUCCUGAGGUGCUUCCACAAUGUCCAGAUUCAACCUCUGGACCUGAAGGAGCUGUUUCAGGGCACACCGUUGGCAGCCUGGUAUUUGGAAGUGCUGAACAGCUGGGAGCCCUACCUGCUGCCAGUACUGUCUGAUGCCUCUAGGAUCGCGCUCCUCUGGAAGUUCGGUGGCAUCUACCUGGACACAGAUUUCAUCGUCCUCAAGAACUUGAGGAACCUGACCAACACGCUGGGCGUCCAAUCCCAAUACGUCCUCAACGGAGCCUUCCUAGCCUUUGAGCGCCACCAUGACUUCUUGGCGCUGUGCAUACGUGACUUUGUGGACCACUACAAUGGUUGGAUUUGGGGCCACCAGGGCCCCCAACUGCUCACCCGAGUCUUCAAGAAAUGGUGCUCCAUCCGCAGCCUGAAGGAAAGCCACACUUGCCGAGGAGUUACUGCCCUGCCCCCUGAGGCCUUCUACCCCAUCCCCUGGCAGAACUGGAAGAAAUACUUUGAAGACAUCAGCCCUGAGGAGCUGGCCCGGCUGCUCAAUGCCACCUAUGCUGUUCACGUGUGGAACAAGAAAAGUCAGGGUACACACCUCGAGGCCACGUCCAGGGCUCUGCUGGCCCAGCUCCAUGCUCGCUACUGCCCCACAACACAUGAAGCCAUGAAGAUGUACUUGUGAGGUUCCCCCUGACUGCCUUCGUAUUAUCUUAGCUCUGUUACUGCCUUUCCUAGGGAGGCAAGACGAGCAGGAAGCAAAGAGGGCCCUGCCCUGCUG